CCGGUUUUUAUUCCCUCUUUUUAUUUUGUUGCUCCCCGUUUUCCUUCCCACGUACGUACCUGUUUUCUGGCUGGGGCUUACGCUAAGCUCUGCAAGCCGGGGGUUUGUGCUAGGUGUGCUCAAAACGAGUCCGAGCCCUCCACUGCGCGCAUCCGCGCCAUCGCAACCCUCAUUCCCACCCCCACCAACCACAAUGCCUUCCCCACACCACCUCCUCCUCUUCCUCGUCCCCCUCGCCGCCGUCGUCGCCGCACAAUCCGAUUCCGACUCCGGCUACAUCGGCUACAAGCUCACGCACCGCGGCGACCCGGACUCAGCCAUCUACGAGACCGCCUCCACGCCCGCCAACGUCUCGACGACCUACCCGCCCCCGGACGUCUUCCUCAACGCCAGCGUGCACGUCGGCGAAAUCGACAUCCAAGUGCAGAACCUGACCGCGAAAGUGAACCUCGACGCGCAAGUGCUGGACCUGCUCAGCUUCAACGCGGGCGUCGACGCGUCCAUCGACCGCGUCAGCUUGCUGCUGCAGAACAUCUCUGCGGAAGUGCUGCUGGAGGCGCGCCUCGCGAACCUGGUAUCCAUGGUCGGGAAUGUGCUCGACUCGAUCGAUCUGAAUCCCGUGAUUGCGACCGUGGGCGACGCCGUGGGCGGCCUGGUCAACGAUACCGCGGCCGGCCUGUCGGGUGGCCUUGAAGCGCGAGAUGCAACCUCGUAUAACCUACGCCAUGGCGUGCUCUACUCGGUCAACGACUACAGCGGGAACACGCACACGAACCGCGUGCUCACGCAGCGGGGAGACGUCGUCGACGAGAUGCUGGAUAACGGUGGCGAGAUGCACGGCCAGAAGGUCGUGGGCAGCUAUGACCAGCUGAUGGUGUUUAAUGGGCUGGAUACGCCGACGGAGAGAGAUGGCAAGGAGGUCCACGAGCGUGGCUACGUUUACCACCCCUUCCCCGGCCUGAGCGUCGUGUGCUUGGUUUAUAGCGAUGAUUCCGGAGCUGUGGUUGCCACGCAGGUGAUUAGUGAGAGUGGGGCUGGCGGGACGAGCACGGUUAGCAACGAUGAUGAGGAGGUGGUCGAGUGA